GAGCGCGCUUAUUUGAGCCGAGAUGUUCGCACGAGUCAGGGAGUUGUUUUUGUCAAGUAUUAAGAAAGGUUUCAAAUGUUAAACGGGUUUUCUCAUCUGUUCUCUCGAGGUGGACUCUACGCAACAUGCCGAAGAACAACAACCAGAAAGCACCAAGUGCAGCUGCCAGGCUGGGGAGGCUGCCUCUGGUCCGUUCAGCUUGUGCCAAAUUGUCAGUUUUGUACACCAGCGCCAAAGGCAGUCACCCCAGCCUGAGGUCUGCGUGUGAUGUGUUGGAGAGCAGUGUGACGGUGGUGGGUAGAUCGGCCUGUUGCAGAGUUUUACCUGCCAUUGCCCAACUGGAGCCCCAGAUUUCCAUUGCAAAUGAUGUUGCGUGCAAAAGUCUUGACUGGCUGGAAGCUUCGUUCCCUUUGCUGCUGUCACCCACAGACCAGAUUGUUGCCACCGCCAAGAACAAGGUGCACGAGAUUCAGGAUGUGGUGAGCACUGCAGCCAUUGGAGCUGUGUACUGUGUGCAGAACACGGUCACAUGGGUGAUGAGCAGGGUGCAUCAGGUUGAUGGUGGAGGUAGCCAGUCACUUGUCCAGAGGACCAUCUGUGUGGUCGGUGUGGGACUGGACUCGGCUUUGAGCUGGUCGGAGGCUCUCUUGGACCAGGUGCUUCCCCCCUCUGAAGAAGAUGAAGGAGGAGACACCCGCUUGGUGGUGGGUUUUGAAGCCACCACCCUCAGGAGUCAUUACCCCGCCCGGCUGGUCUCACUGACUGUCAAACUGUGUAGGAGGACCUACUGCACCGUGGGAUCCAAGAUUCAGCCUGUUCAGGUGUGCUGUCAUGGAGAGUUUAUCCAGGUCCUCGACUCCGGUUCAGGUUCUUCAGACCAGCUGUCUGGCCCUGGUGUGCACUCUCCAAGGGCUGCCCCAGUACUUGCAGCAUCAGGCUAUUUCUGCGUUUUUCUUUGUCACCCAGAUGCACAGAAUGAGCAGCCCAGCAUCCCGACAGGAGCUGUCUAACGGCAGAAGUCUUCUCAGCGCUGCGGAGCCCUCCUCACAUCUGAAAGACGUGGGCCGUGCUCAGCAUCAGGCUCCGUCUACCUGCAGGAUGAGACCUGCAAAGACAUCCAUGUUUGACAAUGGGUGUCAAGUUAAGGGAUGUGUGCUUCGCUGAUGUGGUUUUUUGAAACCAUGAUAUACAUGUCUUGUAUUUGUCCAAUUGCAUAAAAUAAAGAUCUGAACAUUA